AAAUCAAAUUUAAUCAAAUCAUGGGAAAUUUGCCACUAUAAAAAAGCCACGGCAAAGCGCAUUAAGUUGGGCCUAUCUAGUGCUGUUGUGUAUCAAGUUCAAAGUUCUUAAAUGUUUUGAUGAUAAAGCAGCCACGAGUGCAUAAACGAAUACGUUUUUUAAAGGCACUUUUGUAAGUUCGUUUCCUCUUUUAGAUUUUACUGAAUUAUCAACUUAUUAUCGUGAGGAUAGUAUUCAACGCAUUAUAAAUUCAGUGUUCACGCGCUCGUCUCAUCUAAUCGCGUGACACAAUUUCAAUUUCUGAUGUAAGUUCGGCUGAAUGAGUUUAUUAUCUCACCCAAUUUGAUAGGUGGUUAGCAGGUGCACUGCAAGUGUCCCGAUGCCUGGUGUUGGUACGGAUAUCCCGGACUUUUACCGCAAUACAAAUUCCGCAGUGCCUAUUAUGGCAAAACAGAGUGAGAAGGUAGAUGAAGAGGAGAGUGAUAUCGAUCAAUACGAUGUACUAGCCUGUGAGGCGAUGGAUGCUUGUUUCACAGCCUUUGAUAAAAACGGGGAUGGGUUUUUGGAUGAAAGGGAAUUCAGUUUGGUAUGCCGUGCCCUGUUCCGUAAUGACAGAGGCAAAAUCUAUAAUGUGGAGCCAAAAAAAGUUCAUGAAAUGUUUACUGUUUUUGAUAAAAAUGAGGAUGGAUUUAUUGAUCGGCAAGAAUUUGUAUUUUGUUGGAACCAAUGGAUUAAAAAGAUUGUACGUCCCAUAAGUGUGAUCUUGGUUGUGGAUGUACAGAAUGAUUUUAUUUCGGGGACGCUGAAUAUUAGUCAUUGCUCUGCAAAACAGAAUGGUGCUGAAGUCAUUGAACCGAUUAAUAAGUUGCUGGACACAGUCGAUUUUGAUGCUGUAGUUUAUUCACUUGACUGGCAUCCCAGUGAUCAUGUAUCAUUCAUUGAUAAUAUACACAUUCGCAAAGUGGAUUCUUCUAGCCCAAAAUCAUCAGAAGAAGCCAAAGUAUAUGAUACGGUGAUAUUUGAAGGACCACCUCCUAUGAAGCAGCGCCUGUGGCCAAGACAUUGUGUACAAGAGUCUUGGGGUGCAGAAUUGCAUAAAAACCUCAAGGUUGUGGAUAAUGCUAUUAAGGUUUACAAGGGAACUAACCCAGAUGUGGAUUCUUACUCAGUGUUCUGGGAUAACAAAAAAUUAUCAGAUACUACAUUAUGCUCUGAACUGAAACAAAGAAAUGCUACUGAUAUUUAUGUUUGUGGACUCGCAUAUGAUGUUUGUGUAGGAGCUACAGCUGCUGACUCAUUAGCUAGUGGGUAUCGGACCAUUCUCAUUGAUGACUGUUCGCGUGGUGUUGACCUUGAAGAUAUAGAGCAAACCAAAAAGAACGUUACCUCUCACAAUGGAGUCAUUGUCGAUUCAUCUCAGGCAAAGCUUUUUAAAAACACAAUUUUAGUGAAAGCUAUGGUUGAGGGUCGUGACCGCAGGCCUGAGCUGGGAUACAAAUUGGCUAUGGAACUUAAAAACGUAAAAGCAUAAGCAUGCUAGAAUAGCAUUAGUUAUUUUCACUGCCCAACUGUUGUGCUUGUAUUAUUUGGCAGUUUAAAUAGCAUGCAUGGCAUAUGUAAGAAUGCCAUAGAAUUUAAUGAUCUGAAUGGUGCAAAAAAUUAGGGCUAAUGAGCUGUUGUACCAAAAGUAUGUUCAAACAUGUUGUUACAUAAUUAGUUAACUUUUCUGUGAUGUGGAAUAUUGUUAAAAUGUAUGCAAUAUUGUUAAGGAAUUCUUUUUGCACUGACAGGCAAUUUAUACUUAAUGGUGAAUGGUAGAGGAUAUCUUUGGAUUGGAAAUAAUUUUUAUGAUUUCUUCAUAUUUUUAAUGGAACUCAAGGUCCUUCACUUGAUAUCUUCUUUUUAGAAAAUCAGAAUAUAUUUCUCCCGUAUCUCAAAAGUAGCUUUCAUGUACAUAACCAUUAAAGAGGGAAUUUCUCUUUUGUUUGCUCUCUAAGAAUAUUUUUGAAAUAAAGAAAUGAGCUUGUACUUGAGAAUGGCCUUCAGAUAUUUGUUGUGAUAAUGCAAAGAAGUAGUGCAUUUAUUUAUUGUUGAAAAAUAAUAAUUAUUAUUAUUAUUAUUAUUAUUAUAUUGAUAUUUUAUUUUAGAAGUAUUAUUAGU